AUGAACGAAGAUUUGGGAAGGCACUACCCACGCUUGUUGCAAGCGCGUUGGUGGCUAAAAAGGCCAAUACGAGAUAGACAUGUCCGGUUGCAAAAGGCACAGCAGAAGGACUCCCCAGGUGGUAGAAUUCCUUCUGCUAUAGCGGGUAUUAAUCUGUUCCUGUUACAACAUUGUUACGACAGAAAUAGAGUGGAAUCCUAUAGUGUGUUCAGGCUGAGAAUUCGUCACAUUGAGGAGGCAUUAACACUGCAAAAGUCAACAUGGUUAUCUGCUCUGAGGUGUGACCAGCAGGACCAGGAAAGUGAUUCUGCCCCUGUACUCAGUGCUGGUGAGGCCUCACCUGGAGUACUGCAUCCAGUUCUGGGCCCUCAGUUCAGGAAGGAUAUUGAGGUGCUGGAACAGGUCCAGAGAAGAGCAAUGAGGCUGGUGAAGGGACUUGAACACAAGUCCUAUGAGGAGAGGCUGAGGGAGCUGAGGUUGUUUAGCCUGGAGAAGAGGAGGCUCAGGGGAGACCUCAUCACUUUCUACAACUCCCUGAAAGGAGGUUGUAGCCAGGUGGGGGUUGGUCUCUUCUCCCGGGCAAUCAGCAGUAGGACAAGAGGGCAUGGCCUUAAGCUGCACCAGGGGAGGUUUAGGUUGGAUAUUAGAAAGAAAUUCUUUACAGAGAGGGUUAUCAGCCAUUGGAAUGGGCUGCCCAGGGAAGUGGUGGAUUCUCCAUCCCUGGAGGUUUUUAAGAUGAGGCUGGAUGUGGCACUUAGUGCCAUGGUCUAGCAACUGUGGUGGUAGUGGAUCAAGGGUUGGACUUGAUGAUCUCAGAGGUCCUUUCCAACCCGUCUGAUUCUAUGAUUCUAUGAACAUCUUCAGUAGUCAUCCAUGAGAAAACAAUCUUAUAUAUUAAAGCUAUUUCUCAUCAUUCUAGUCAUGGAAAAAAACAUUUAAAGUAAAUGUUGAUUUGUAUUGGAGGAAAAAUAACUGAUUAAUUUCAAUAUUUUUUUUUCCAGUUCUAAAAUUAUUAACACAUCAUUGCAUACUAGUAUGGAAUUAUACCUUGGAGAAGACACAUACUAAAGACAGUUAUUUCUAACUUGAUUUUUAGCCUCUUUCAUAGAACAGACCUUUCAUAGAUACUGACAUACCCAGGGCUUUUGAUAGUGUGUUUCAUAUUCUGUUAUGUCAUGAUAGAAAUAUUUGAGAUGGAAGUAAAGUGUUCUUUAUGGGAAAAGUGACACUAUGAGUAGAAUAGGAGUUUGGGAGGGGGGAGUCUUUAAGAUAGUUAAAUGAGUUUUGAUAGGAGUAGUGAAAGAGAAACAAAAAAUGGGAAUGUGUUGCUUUCAAGGUUAAUAAAGAAAUGUGUAGUAACCAAAACAAAAUUAGAGAUCAAAACAAAGUCAGUAGUCAGAACGAAGUGGUCAACACAGAACCAAAGAUAGACACUCCAGUUAGGUAAACAUAGUCAAGAACAGCAAGAGUGGUGACAUCUUGGGACAAAAGCUAAACAGUUGUCUUUUCAAUGCUACAAGAAAUCUAAGCUGGGAGCAAAACCUCUUAAAAUGGGGAAAAAAUCAAAACAGUGUUUGGGUUUUCUUGUGUUCAUUGCAGAAGACAGUAUU